AUGGGAAUCAGGAAUCAGACGCAGGUGGUGGAAUUUGUUCUCCUGGGUUUCUCUGGCAUUCUGUAUGGUCAGACGUAUCUCGCCUUGGCAUUCUUGGCCAUCUACUUGGUCACUGUACUGGGGAACCUCAUGAUAUUUACGAUGAUUCAACUGAAAUCCAGCCUCCAAACCCCCAUGUAUUAUUUCCUCAGCCAUCUCUCCUGCUUAGAUAUGUGCCUCUCCUCUGUCACUGUCCCUAAGAUGGUGGUAAACCUCUUGCUCCAGCAACAGACCAUCUCCUACAACCAGUGUAUGGCCCAGCUCUUCUUCUUGAUGACUUUCAUAGGGGCAGAGACUCUGCUGCUGGCUGUCAUGGCCUACGACCGCUACGCCGCCAUCUGUAAACCUCUGCAUUACUCACACCUCAUGAACACCAAGGUGUGCACCAUACUGGCCUUUGCCACUUGGAUUAUAGGCUUCCUAGACUCUGCUCUUCAUACAACACUCAGCUCCAGGUUGGAGUUCUGUGGAGUCAACCAGAUUCAUCACAUCUUCUGUGAUCUCCCUCCACUCAUGAAAAUUGCUUGCAAUGACGUACACAUCAAUGAAAUGGCAGACCACAUAGUAGGGCUUUUGAUGGGUGGGGCCCCCUUUCUGUUCACCCUUUUCUCAUACGUCUUUAUCCUGUCCUCCAUCUUGAGGAUUCAUUCCACUACCGGCAAGCGCAAAGCCUUUUCCACUUGUGCGUCUCACCUCACGGUUGUCUUCAUUUACUAUGGAAAUGCGUUACUGAACUAUCAGAGGCCAAGCGCCGGUUACUCCUUGGCGACGGGCACUUUGCUCUCCAUCAUGUUCUGCGUCAUCACCCCAAUGCUGAACCCCCUCAUCUACAGCCUCCGCAACAAAGAAGUGAAGGGGGCCUUGAAGAAGGCUGUGGAAAGCUGGAGACCAUCUAAACAUAAUCACUUUCUACAUUAG